AUGGCGAGCAAAACUGAAGAAGAAGUGAGAGAGAUUGACAGAGUCAUGUACCAUGACUGGCGUAUGGUGCCCAAGCAUGAGGAGGAGGCCUUCAAGAAAUUCACCCCAGUGGCAGAGGAGACCAUUCGGUACCUGCCGUACCCGCCUCUGCUCCGAGCCAUGAUCCUUGCGCAGUGGCAGAAAGAGGGAAAACCAAUCACAGAGGAGCCAAUGAUUGACCUGGAGAAGGUCGGGAUCUCUCCCCAUCAGGGUGCAAAGAAAAAAGCUGCAGGGACACCAGUGUAA